AUGGCUUCGGAGAUCGAGGGCAAGAGCGCCUAUGCCAGCAAUGAGGUGCCCAUUCCCAAGAGCCAGCUGGACCUCAAUGUGGGCGGUCGUGGGCCUACACAGCGUCGUCUUCGCAGCUACCAAAUCUCCAUGAUUGGCCUGACCAGCGGCCUGGGAACGGGUCUUUUCGUCGGAACAGGUGCUGCUUACGCCAAAUCCGGCCCAGCUGGCUUGUUGCUCGCCUUCAUCAUCGUGGGAUUUGUGCUUUGGUGUGUGAUGCAGAGUAUUGCAGAGCUGGCUACUUUACUGCCUACUGCAGGCUCCUUUCCACACUGGGCCACGCGUUUCAUUGACCCUGCAGUCGGGUUUUCGCUUGCCAUUUCCUACACAUAUUGCUACACCAUUGCCAUCGCGUCCGAGGCUUCGGCUGCUGCUGUGGUCGUUUCGUACUGGACGACGCUGACCCCGGCUGUGGUGAUUACGGUUGGCCUGGCCCUUAUUCUGGCCAUUAAUUUGUCAGAUGUGCGCUUCUACGGUGACGCCGAAGUUAUUAGCGGCUCGAUCAAGAUGCUCUGCUUUCUUGGGCUGAUUAUCGUGUCGAUUGUCAUCACAGCUGGAGGCGCUCCAAACCACGAAGCGAUUGGGUUUCGUUACUGGCAUAACCCCGGCGCAUGGACAAACUACAACGGCAUCACGGGUCCAACGGGCCAUUUCCUCGGCUUUCUGUCGUCCUUCGUCAACGCUUCUUUCAGCUUCAUCGGUGUCGAGACGGUGGUCAUUGCUGCUGCCGAGGCCGUUGAUCCCCAUCGAGCAAUCCCCAAGGCCGCUCGACGAGUAACCUACCGCAUCGGAGUUUUCUAUAUUCUUGGUGCUUUAAUGAUUGGAUUGAUUGUGAGCUGGAAAGACCCAUCUCUGACCUCAGGCAGCGGAAACGCCAACAGCUCGCCAUUUGUCAUAGCCAUUAAGGAGGCCGGCAUCAGUGCCCUGCCGUCGAUUGUCAAUGCUUGCAUUCUCGUGGCUGCCUGGUCGGCCGGCAACUCAUACUGCUGGGUUGGGUCUCGCAUGAUUGUGGCCAUGACCACGGAUCAUUACCUGCCGCAGAUCUUUGGACGAGUGACUCGAAGGGGUGUCCCAUAUGUGGCCGUCAUUACUGCCUGGUUGUUCGGUCCGCUGGCCUAUCUCAGUGAGUAUCUCUUCAAAAGUUUCCCCCCAAAUGCGAAACCGCAGCAAGCUUCUAACAGUUCAAAACUAGGUCUUGGAUCUGGCGGCCCUGCACAGGCUUUCACCUGGCUCCUGAAUCUUAGUACGGUCGCUGGCUUGAUUGCUUGGGCCACGCUAUCUUUGUGCUACAUUCGCUUUUAUGCUGCCCUCAAAGCACAGGGAAUCAGCCGCGACAGUCUUCCCUGGAAGUCGCCGUUCCAGCCCUAUACAGCCUGGGUAGGAUUCGUUGGGUCUACUAUCAUCGUUCUUGUGUCUGGCUUUUCCGUCUUCUUGAAGGGGAAUUGGUCUGGAUCCAGCUUCGUCGCGUCGUACGUGGGCAUCCCGAUUUUUAUCGUGCCUAUUAUUUUCUGGAAGGUUUUUAAGCGGACUAAGUUUGAGCGUGCUUCUACGAUCGACCUGUAUACUGGCCGUUUGGAAGAUGGCGAAAUCGAGAUUUUGAAGCCGGAUACAUUCUGGCAGAAAGCAUUGGAUUUUGUCUUCUAA